CUGAUCCUGGAUGCGGUCUUGAAGAUCAUGGAGCAGCUGGUAGAUGUGAUGCUGCGGAGGCUGCUGGAUAAUGAGGUCUGGAGCCAGAUGUGCAGGAGCCAAGCCAGAUCACCAAGAGAACUCUUCUGACUUGAUUAAACUAAAAGUCUACCUACUACACACUACCACCCUGUUCAACCUUGCCUCACAACCGCCAUUCUGCUGUCUCUGUGGAAUCAGCUGGAUCCCUCACGUAGUGAGCAUGGAGAAGAUGGAGGACACCAGUUUGCUGCCCAGCCCCAUCCUCAUCAGCAUCAGGAGCAAGAUGGCCUUCCAGUUCAUCGAGCUCAAGGAUAGAGAGACCUUGGUGGAGACCCUGCUUGAGAGACUGAAGCAGGUCCACGCCAACCAUCCUGUGCACUAUGACACAUCAACCAAUGACAAGGACAUGGGCUGGACACACAUCACCUGUUUUGUACUUGACAAGCAGGUGCAGUGACCACAAGUUUGGGGAUCUUGAAAUGGUGUCUUGUCACAGCAG